AUGGGAGAGAGAACGAAUGGAAAGAAGAGGAAGAAGGAAAAAUAUGGUGGUAAAGGGGCUAACUCUAAUCUCCAGAUCAAAAAAGGAGGAACUGGAGCGCUGAUUCCAAAAGACUCUGAGAGUAGAAGUGAAAGUGGAAGGGCUAGAAAAAAGGCAGAAAGGAGGAUGGCUGGUCAGAGUGGAAGACUUGGAUCAGAAAAUAAUGAAACACAUUUGGAGGCGAAAGGUAUGAAGAGAAUGCGGGAGAAGUUGAACUCAAAAUUCGAAUGGUUCGGGAAAGAAGCCAAGAGAAUUCAUAAGAGGGGAAAGGCCAGCGGGGGACAUCUAGUAGGCAUAAGGAAGACAUUGAAAGCAGACUGGAUAGUAGAGGAAUGGGAAUAUGGAAUGAAACUGAGGAUCCAAGAAAGAGAAAGCAGAGAGAGUUACAGGGUAAUAACCAUCUACAACAACGUCAGGAAAAACUUAAAAAGAGCACUGGGGAAGAUGGACGAACUGGUGGAGGACUCGGAGGGGUCAGAGGAGAGACUGAUUAUCGUAGGUGACUUAAAUGCAAGAUCAGGAGAGCUACAGGAAGUAGCAGAUUGCGGAUGGAAAGAAGAGAUAAGGCUAACAGAAAGGAAAUCACAAGACAAGACGAUAAGAGGAGAAGGGAAGAAGCUAAUGGAAUGGUGUGAGGAGAGGGCACUCUUAGUUCAAAAUGGAAGGGCCAGGAGGGACGAGGAGGGAAAAAUAACGUUUGUAGGGGAAGGAGCGGGACUGGGGAGUGUCUUGGAUUACGUGCUGGUCAAGAUGGAAGGAAACGAAGCACCGAGCUGGUUCAUGGACAUGGAGAUGAGGAAACAGGAGGGAUCAGACCAUCUACCGAUCAUAUUCAGGGUGGAAUGGAACGAGGAGGAGAGAGUAAAGGCCGAAAAAAGAGAGACUCAACAAAAACGACUGAGAUGGAAGGAAGAGAGGGCGGAGGACUUCAAGAAGAAUUGGAGCAAAAGGUGGACAGAAUCAGGAGGAGAGAAGGGACAGAACGUAGGGGAGAGAUGGGAGAAACUGGUGAAGGUAACGACUGAAACAGCACAGGAGGUGAAGAUGACGGUGAGCGGCGGACGAAGAGACCUGGCAGCCUGGGAUAAUGGGCAAUAUGAGAAAGAAAGACGGGUAAUGUUUAAAAGCUUAAAGAAAUUCAGGAAAAAAAGGGAUUGGGAAACUAAAAGGAAAUNAGAGAAGGGAAAGAACCUAGGGGAGAGAUGGGAGAAACUGGUGAAGGUAACGACUGAAACAGCACAGGAGGUGAAGAUGACGGUGAGCGGCGGACGAAGAGACCUGGCAGCCUGGGAUAAUGGGCAAUAUGAGAAAGAAAGACAGGAAAUACAACCAGUCGAAGAAAAAGCUUUGAAAACUGAGGUCAGGGCUUGUGAUGGAAUGGAUACAGGAAAAGCAGAGGAAAGUAGCACAGGGGAGGACAAUGGCAGACUGGUGGAAGGCGAUGAACUGGUUUAG